CAUAAAAUGACAUUAAGAUAUCAAAAUUUAUAGUAUUUUUCAGUUUUUAGUAGUAAAUUUUUACCGCAUUUGAUGUAAAACACAAUAAUUAAGUUAUUUUGGUUUUCGUAACAUGGACACUGCUAGUAUUCGAAUUAAAUUCACACCCAUGGUUAAAGUAAUCAAAGAAAAGAAUUUAACAUACUCUUUAGAAAUAACACCAGAAGUAAUUUAUGUUGAUAAUGUUGACAAAAUAGAAUGGAAGAAGGAAAAUAAUUUGAUUGAAUACAUAGUGCCUAUGAAGCAUAGAAUUGUUAUAAGAAAAGUAACACCAAAUAAUAACGAGGAAUCAAAUAAGAUAUAUUAUUCUUGUGUUGAUUUAUUACAUACGAGAUCCAUAAAUAAUACAGAAUUAGGAUCAGGAGAUGUUUCAAGAAUAAUAAGUGAUAAUGUCAUACUUAAAUCAAUAAUACCGGAUGUAAGAAACAAUGAAAAAUGUAAGAUUACGUUAGCAAAUAAUCACAGAUCAGACUUAGAGAGAGAAUUUGAUAAGAAGGGCAAUAACUUGAUCAAUAUAGGAAGUAUGAAACAAAUUCUGCAAGAGAAAAUUAAUCUUGAAAGUAGUUUAAUUUGUUUAAACUGUGAUACAAAAGAUCGGAAUAAGACUAAGAAGAAUUGCACCCAAGAAGAAAAAUCUGGUGGUACUCAAAUAUCAAACACUGGAAGUGAUAACAAUGAAAGUAGUGUGGACAAAGGCUCUGGAGACGAUAAUGAUUUAGCAGAGUCGACAGUCGUUAAACUUCAAUCUAUAGCGACACUGACCAAUUUAAAUUCGACAUUGGACCAGAAAUCAACGAUAACAUAUUUUCUUUCACCUGACACCAAUCCUACUCCACCGUUGAAGACUGUUUAUCAAAAUGACUCUUAUUUCAAUACUAAUAUGUAUUAUACUUUAACAACACAGACGUUUAAACUGCAAGAAGAUGCGAAAGUUGAAACGGAUAAAAAUACAUAUAAAGACAAUACUCCAGACCUAAGAGUUGCUGAAUUAAAAGUCUUACCUGCACUUCGUUACAGUUAUUUUAAACAGAUUAUGGAAAAAGAAAUGCUACCCCUCCGUGUUAAGUUAAACGAAAUUAUUAAUAAGUGCAUUCCUUUAGGUUUGAAAAAAUCUGAAUAUCUCCAAUCUUUUGUUUAUUCUAAUAACAGUUCAAACAAAUGCAAUUAUAGAGAGAAUCAGUUUACAUCAAAUCGCGUUGUGUAUUCAGUUGUGUUCAAUAAAUAAUAAUAAUUUGUUAAUAUUUUGUGAUGUUCGAUCAAUAAAUCAAAGUUUUACAAAAGAU